UAAAAAUGCUCCAGCAGUUGGGUGGGAAAAACCGCAAACGAGAGGUAAAUGCCUAAAUGGGGAUGCCGCCAUUACUAUACAUACAAGCUGUGUGUCUAUAACAUCAAAUUACAGGCGAAACAACAGAGAAGCACAAGCAGCAUCAGCAAUUGUAGCACUAGUAGUAUACACACAGCGACGAUGAGUCAAGCUUCAUCUGUGCUUCCAGGGCUUCUACCGUUCCCUCUAUGCGCCAGGACUUGUACACCUCGUUGGUCACUCACCUCGUUCCGCUCGGGUUUUCGAUUCAGAACAAUGGCAUCUCACAUUGUUGGAUAUCCUCGAAUCGGUCCCAAGAGGGAACUCAAAUUCGCAUUAGAAUCUUUCUGGGAUGGGAAGAGUAGUGCUGAAGAUUUAGAGAGGGUAGCAGCAGAUCUCAGGGCUUCUAUUUGGAAGCAAAUGGCUGAGGUAGGGAUCAAGUAUAUUCCAAGCAACACAUUCUCGUAUUACGAUCAGGUCCUGGACACCACUGCUAUGCUUGGCGCUGUUCCUACUAGAUACAGUUGGAAUGGAGGUGAGAUUGGCUUUGAUGUUUACUUUUCCAUGGCUAGAGGCAAUGCUUCAGUUCCUGCUAUGGAAAUGACAAAAUGGUUUGAUACUAACUACCAUUUCAUUGUUCCUGAACUGGGACCGGAUGUGAAAUUCUCCUAUGCAUCUCACAAAGCAGUGCAUGAAUACAAGGAAGCGAAGGCUCUUGGAGUUGAGACAAUUCCUGUCCUUGUAGGCCCUGUUUCAUACUUGUUGUUAUCAAAACCAGCAAAGGGUGUUGAAAAAUCUUUUUCUCCUCUUUCGUUAGUUAACGAAAUUUUACCCAUCUACAAGGAAGUUGUGUCUGAAUUAAAACAAGCUGGUGCUACCUGGGUUCAGUUUGAUGAGCCCACACUUGUUAUGGACCUCAAUUCAGACAUAUUGCAAGCAUUUACUCAUGCCUACUCUGAGCUGGAGUCAUCACUUUCUGGUCUAAAUGUUCUUGUUGAGACUUACUUUGCCGAUCUUCCAGCAGAGGCUUACAAAACAAUCACAUCUUUAAAGGCUAUUACAGGGUUUGGGUUUGAUUUGGUUCGUGGAUCAAAAACCAUUGAUUGGGUUAAGGAUGGAUUUCCUUCAGGCAAGUAUCUCUUCGCUGGAGUGGUUGAUGGGCGAAAUAUAUGGGCUAAUGAUCUUACUGCCUCCCUUUAUACCCUGCAGUCUCUUGAGGGCUUGGUGGGAAAAGGAAAGCUUAUAGUUUCUACUUCUUGCUCUCUUCUUCACACUGCUGUUGAUAAAGAAAAUGAGACUAUGUUAGAUGAAGAGAUCAAGUCAUGGCUUGCAUUUGCUGCGCAGAAAGUAGUUGAAGUGAGUGCAUUGACAAAAGCGUUGACUGGGAACAAAGAUGAGGCAUUCUUCACUACUAACAGUGCAGCACUGGCUUCAAGAAAGUCUUCAAAAAGAGUUACUGAUGAAGCUGUUCAAAAGGCUACGGCCACGUUGAAAGGUUCUGAUCAUCAUCGAGAUACGAGUGUGAGUGCUAGGUUGGAAGCCCAGCAGAAGAAGCUCAGCCUACCAAUUCUUCCAACCACUACUAUUGGAUCUUUCCCUCAAACCAUGGAGGUCAGAAAAGUUAGACGUGAAUACAAGGCGAACAAGAUCUCAGAGAAAGCAUAUGUCAAUACUAUGAAAGAUGAAAUCAAUAGAGUAGUCAAGCUCCAGGAAGAGCUAGAUAUUGAUGUAUUAGUACACGGAGAGCCAGAGAGAAAUGACAUGGUCGAGUACUUUGGGGAGCAGUUAUCUGGUUUUGCCUUCACCAUGAAUGGAUGGGUUCAGUCAUACGGUUCUCGAUGUGUGAAACCACCUAUCAUAUAUGGAGAUGUUAGCCGUCCAAAACCAAUGACUGUUUUCUGGUCCUCAAUCGCUCAGAGUAUGACAAAGCGCCCAAUGAAGGGUAUGCUUACUGGCCCUGUCACAAUUCUCAACUGGUCCUUUGUUAGAGAUGAUCAACCCAGGUUUGAGACCUGCUAUCAGAUUGCACUGGCCAUCAAGGAUGAAGUGGAAGAUCUUGAAAAAGCUGGCAUUAAUAUCAUUCAAAUUGAUGAGGCUGCUUUGAGAGAGGGUUUGCCUCUAAGGAAGGAUGAACAAGCUUUUUACCUGGACUGGGCUGUGCAUUCCUUUAGAAUAACUAAUGUUGGGGUUAAAGACACUACCCAGAUCCACACACACAUGUGCUAUUCCAACUUUAAUGAAAUCAUCCGCUCAAUCAUUAACAUGGAUGCUGAUGUGAUAACUAUCGAGAAUUCCAGAUCAGAUCAAAAACUUCUUUCAGUUUUCCGUGAGGGAGUGAAGUACAAUGCUGGUAUCGGCCCUGGUGUGUAUGAUAUCCAUUCACCAAGAGUCCCAUCUAAGGAUGAAAUCGUUGAACGGAUUAACAAGACGCUUGGAGUCCUUGGAAGCAAUAUUCUCUGGGUUAACCCUGACUGUGGCCUCAAGACACGCAAGUACUCUGAAGUCAAACCUGCUCUGACUAACAUGGUGGCUGCUGCCAAGCACCUUCGUGCUCAAAUUUCCGGCACCAAAUAACGGUUGCUAGUAGAAUUAUAAUUUUCCUUUGUCAACUGUAGGAGGGUUGACGGUUGAGGUUUAUAAUAUGUGUAAUCUUACAAGGGAGUCCCUUAUGAAAUGCCAAUGUAAUUAUGUCAGAAAGAGAAACCUAAUAAUGUUUUUUAUAUAUAUACAUUUUUUGGG